UCAUAUUGAGGAUACCCAGAUUCAUGAGGUCUAAUUUUCGGUGUCGUAUAUAAUAACUCGCUCACUCUGUAUUUUCUCUUCUAUGUUUUUCAACUUCGAACAAGCUUAAAAAAACUUGUAGGAUCAAUUCAAGCAACCAAAAUGACAGACCUAGUUCCAGCGUUACUCAAAUUUGGAGAUAUUUGGGCACAACUGAAUUACACCAAAAGCUAAGUAAGACACACUUCUACAGACUGCGUCGUAACUGACGGGCUCGUCACAGAAGCUAGAUAAACCAUCACAAAUGGUGGCCAUCUCCAACGAGUGGCCACAUCAGAUCCCCAUUCAACUCCUUUCAGCCUUGGUCACCGGAGCAACUGACAAGAAAACACAAUUAUCUCUCUAGUACCUGCCACCACUUAGUCCCGCAUCAUUGAUUUUCUUUUCUUCAGAAAGCAUUGGGUAUUUUUAUGUAGUGCACAAGAAAACACGUGUUGCAGAUUUCUGGUGUCAUAUAAAGCCAGAGCACCAAAGCCUUUGAAGUCGCUAUCCUGCUAAGAACCAUACCACCCAAGUAUUGGUGCUCACCUUGACUUUUUGAGCAAUCAAACGUCACAGGUGAGACGAUAUUGUCAAAUAUGGUCAGCUGCAAGCACUACUACAUGAGCCAUCCACAGAAUUUCCCCUGAAACAUUCCAAGAUCUGCUGGAAAGGAAUUUACCAUGGCGGAGGCCAUCUUCUCGGCGGUCGUCGGCGACAUGGUGGGCAGGGUGAUCUCGCUUCUCGCCGGCCGCUUCAGCGACCAACAGAGCGCCAGCGCCAAGCUGCAGAAGAUAAAUCGCAUGCUUGUCAGGAUUCACAGCAUGGUGGAGGAGGCCAAGGGGAGGCACAUCACAAACCAUGUGGCCCUCGAAUGGCUCUCGGAGCUCAACGAUGGUGUGUACCAGGGUCGUUAUCUGCUCGACACGAUCAGGUGCGGAGAGCCGGAGCUCGAAGACGGGCAUGGAGACAAGGUAGCGGCACAGCCUUUCUCUCUGUCCUUGUUCAAUCCUGCAAAGCGCGUGCGCGUCGCCACGAGCACCGUGAAGUGCAUGUUGUCUCGCCAUGACGCCGGUGUCGAUGAGAUCGACACGGUACUAGAGAGCAUGCAGAGCUUAUCUGGUGAUCUCCGCGAGUUCAUGAUGCUCCUGGAAGGCUGCAGGCGGAUCCGCCGCCCUUUGGCUACCAACAUCUUUGUGGACGGGCAGAUGUUUGGCAGGCAUGUCGAGAAAGAAAGGAUCAUCAACUUCUUGCUUGACGACCACGGUCCAUCCAUCAUGGGGAAUCUGCCUUUGCUCCCAAUUGUUGGUGACAUUGGUGUUGGGAAAACUACCUUGGUGCAGCACGUCUGUGAUGAUGCUAGGCUGCGCAACCGCUUCCCAAUAAUCAUGUUGUUUAAUUUCUCAUCCACCUACGCUAUGGCGAUGGGUGGAGCAACUGUCGUUCUGAAAUCGAAACAUGUGAUUGGAGGGUCUGGAAAGCUUAAUCAUCCGCUGCAAGUGCUCAACGAGAAUUUCCGCAGGAAGCGGUUCCUGAUGGUGUUCGAGGAUGUUGACAUGCACAAGAAGCGGAUGCUGGAGGAGCUCUUGCCGAGCCUGAGACAUGGCAAACAGGGGAGCAAGAUCAUACUCACCACCAACAUCAGGCAUGUCGCCGCCAGCAUGGGAACAGUAGAGCCAAUCAAGCUGAAGGUUUUGCCACACCCAGAGUACUGGUUCUUCUUCAAGGCGCAUGCCUUUGCAGCCACGGACAUAGAGGAGAAUCCAAGGCUGCUCGCGGUAGGCAAAGCCAUUGCAAGGAAGCUAAACGGGUCGUUCUUCGGCGCCAAGAUCGUUGGAGGGGUGCUGAAAGCCCAUCCAAAUCUACAGCUCUGGUGUAAGAUCCUGAGAAGCAAUAUUGGGGGCCUGUCCUUGUUGGGCGAUGGCCUUGGGUACAUUGCGGAUUUGGCCGAGAAUCUGCUGCCAAGUCAUGUAAACAUGCGCCAGCUGAUUAUAUCCAAGAAACCGUUCUCCUCGACACAGCCCGAUUUUGCCAGGUUGCAUGAUAUGUUUCUUCCAAGCCCUGAUACAGCAGCCGCCCAAGAAAGUUGGAGUGCAGAUGCUCGUAAUGCAAAAGUGUUGUUGUGCAAGUCUGUUCUGCCAUUCUAUUGCCUGUACUACAGCGCUCAUUGCACUGUAAGUGGGUGAAACUGUUCAUCAGGAUCCACACAUUUCAAUCAUCAGGAUCAGUGCUCCUUUUUGUUGUAUGUAGGAACAUCUUUAGAAAUAUGGCAGGUAGAAAUACUUUGUACUCAAUCUUGUAAUAUCUGAUGUCCAGUUCUAUGCUCUUGUCCUUCAGCUGA